GUCUCCACGAUCUCAUCAUUAGUGUAGAAGAAACUUUCAAAAACCCUCUGCUCUGUUUUUUCUAAACAAGUCAAUCAAUUUUUUUCUGGAAGUUAAAAAGAUGAGUAAUCUGAAACUUGGCGUUGAAGUCAUAAGCGCUAGACUCAAACCUAGAGAUGACUAUGGCGGUGUUAAUGCUUUCGUCGAGCUACGAUUUGACGAUCAGAAAGUAAAAUCCUCGACUAAGAUCGAUGACUCGAGUCCAGUUUGGAACGAGAAGUUCUUCUUCAACAUCUCUGAAACAGAGGAUUUAUCAAAUCUGUUUCUUGAGGCUUAUGUUUACAAUAAAACCAGCAGCAUAACGAAGUCAUGUCUAGGUAAGAUUCGAAUCUUAGGAACUGCGUUUUUGCCGUACUCGGAAGCUGUUGGAUGGCCUUACCCUCUUGAGAAAGAGAAAUGGAGCAUGUUCUCUUUUGCAGCCGCCAGCGGAGGUGAGCUUGCUCUCAAAGUGUUCGUCACUGAUAACCCCUCUCCCAAGGUACCGAAUCUAAUCCCUCCAACUCCAAAGAAGAUUCCUUCUAAGACAAGGCACAGAGUCCACAACAUCCCUAAAACGGAGAAGAGUAAAUCUAGCCCACGUGAAGAUCAGAAACCAUCUCAACAGCAACCGUCUGAACCGCAACGGCCUCAACCGCCACCGGCUAUGGAAUCUUCUCGGUUUCAAGAACCGAGGUUAGGUCCUCCAGUACCUACAACAAUGGGAUUUAAUCCGAAUCCACCGGAUUAUUCAAUCAAACAGACGAAUCCAGUUCUCGGAGGAGGCAGACGAGCAAGACCAAGUGCUCAUGAUCUCGUGGAGCCAAUGGAGUUUCUCUUCAUCAAAAUCGUGAAAGCUAGAGAUCUUCCUCGCAUGGACCCAACCGGAAGCCUAGAUCCGUACAUCGAAGUCAAACUCGGAAACUUUAACGCUGUUAACAAAUCGAGUUUGCGUUCUAAAGUCUAUCAUUCUCCGAGGCUUUGGUACCUCCGUGUUAACGUCAUCGAGGCACAAGACCUGGUUAUCGUACCAGACCGGUUUCCAAAUCCAUAUGUCAAAAUCAAGUUAGGUAACCAAGUGGUUCGAACCAAACCGAGUCACUCGCUGAAUCCGAGAUGGAACGAAGAGUUCACGCUCGUCGCGGCUGAACCGUUUGAAGAUCUGAUCGUCUCUAUUAAAGACCGAGUCGCGGUUAAUCGAGAGGAAUCGCUGGGAGAGGUACAUAUACCGUUUGGUUCAAUUAGUAGACGGAUUGACGAUAACCGGACAGUGCCUGACCAAUGGUUUAGUCUUAAGAGUGAGAACCAGAGAAGAGUCAGAUUCGCCACAACUAGGCUUCAUCUGAAUGUUUGUCUAGAAGGAGGCUACCACGUUCUUGAUGAGUCUACUUACUACAGCAGCGAUUUCAGACCGUCGAUGAAAGAGUUGUUGAGUCAUAAGCAGCCGUCGAUUGGUGUUCUUGAACUAGGGAUCUUGAGAAUUGAAGGUUUGAAUUUGAGCCAAGAAGCUGGGAAGAAAGAGACCGUGGAUGCUUACUGUGUGGCUAAGUAUGGAACCAAAUGGGUCAGGACUCGUACCAUAACGAACUGUUUUAACCCGCGGUUCAACGAGCAGUACACAUGGGAGGUUUACGAGCCAGCAACAGUGAUCACAAUAGGCGUGUUCGAUAACAAUCAGAUCACGUACGGUGGUAACGGUAGUAACAAAGGAGAUGGGAAGAUUGGGAAAAUAAGAGUUAGAAUCUCGACACUCGAAUCCGGAAGAAUCUACACUAAUUCGUAUCCGCUUCUUGUUCUUCGACCUUCAGGUGUAAAGAAGAUGGGAGAACUGCAUUUGGCAAUUAGGUUUUCUUGCUCGUCGUAUAUUCAGAUGUUAGUUCAAUACUGGAAACCACUUCUUCCCAAAAUGCAUUACGCAAGACCGUUGAAAGUCGUGCAACAGGAGAUUCUUAGGCAGCACGCGGUUAACUUAGUGGCGGCUAGGUUAAGCAGAGCAGAGCCGCCACUUAGAAAAGAAGUGGUGGAGUAUAUUUCGGAUUCGAAUUCGCAUUUUUGGAGCAUGAGAAAGAGCCGUGCAAAUCUCUUCAGAUUGAGUUCGGUUUUCUCUUGUUUACUCGGAACUGGAGAAUGGUUUCAAGAUAUCUGCAGGUGGAAGAAACCUCUAGCGAGUACAGCUAUACAUGUAGUCUACUUUGUGUUAGUGUGUUCACCAGAGAUGAUUCUUCCGGUGAUGUGUUUUUGCUUGUUCAUGGUUGCGGUAUGGAACUACAGGUUACGUCCGAGACAACCUCCACACAUGGACACAAGGAUUUCAUUUGCAGACAGCAUUCAUCCAGAAGAACUUAACGAAGAGUUUGAUACCUUUCCUUAUUCGUCUCAAGACCCGGGAGUUGUAAAAAUGAGGUAUGAGCGGUUGAGGAGUAUCGCGAGUAGAGCUCAAACGGUUGUGGGAGAUAUAGCAGGUCAGGGAGAAAGAGUUCAUGCUCUCUUAAGCUGGAGAGAUCCAAGAGCGACUUCAAUGUUCAUGGUGCUGUGUUUUGUUUCUUCUGUGGUUUUGUAUGUUGUGCCGUUUAAGGUUUUUGUUCUUCUCACCGGACUAUACAUCAUGAGACAUCCAAGAUUCAGGGGAAAGACACCUCCUGGACUGGUUAAUUUCUUUCGGAGGCUUCCUGCUAAAACAGAUUGUAUGCUGUAGAAUGCAAAUACAUAUUAAGAAACAAGCGAAACUUUUUUCCUGUUUA